UCAAAACCUUGGUCAAUUUGGGGCAACCGGAUAACACGGGUCGGAUAAGAAGGCUCAGCUCAGUCAUCAGUCUUCUAGUCUUCUAGCUAGUGAUAUAAUUUUAUCAAAUUUAUAUAACCUUUAUAUUCUAAUAUGGCUUCGAAUCUAGCUAUUUGUGAAAUUGAUCCUGAUUUAAUGAAUAAGUUGUCAAAAUUUCGAUUUCGAAAGGAAAAAAACGAUGCAGCAAUAGUUAUGAAAAUCGUCGCAGACAAACAGCUAAUUGUUGCAGACGAAGAAUACAACGAAACAUCAGUAGAAGAAGUAGCUGCUGAACUGCCCGAGCAUCUUCCUAGAUAUGUAGCAUACAGCUAUGUAUUUAAACGUGAAGAUGGUAGAGUGACGUAUCCCUUAUGCUUUAUUUUUAUCAGUCCAUCUGGUGUAAAACCCGAGCUUCACAUGAUGUAUGCUGGUUCACAGAACGAACUUGUAAAUAAAGGAGGUUUUUCAAAAGUGUUUAAACUAAGAUCAGUGGAAGAGUUCACAGAAGAAUGGCUGAUAUCAGAACUGAAAUUUUUUAAGUGAAUAUGUAGUUAAAGUUUUAUAGCUAGCUUUUAAAGAUAAAUACAAUGUAGCUAAAAGGAGAGUUUGUUUGUUUACUAUGUUCAGUUUAUGUGCAUGCAUCUGGAAUGACUGGAAAACAGGACUUUAUAGGAAAAAUUAGUUUCUUGACGUAAUAUAUCCAGCAAUUUCUGUGUUUACAUUUCAGUGGUAACGGGUAAGCUUUUUCGACUCUCCUAUCUGUGUGUCAGAAAAAAGAUGGGGAGCUAGGUGAAGCAAAGUUAUUUUCAGUCUAUUUCGUCACCUGAAGAUAUUGUCAGGGCUCUGAAUGAAUUCAGAUAAAUUAGAAGGCAUCAAUUUACACUCGAUAAUAGUUUGAAACCUUAAAGCAUGUUUCCAUCAAAAGAAUUUCACAGGUAAAGACCUUCCUUUACCAAACCCUACCAUCUUUUUCCCUCUCACACAAAUGCCUGACCCAAAGAGCUUACUGCUGCAAAGUAAAAAAAUAAUGGCACACUGGAAUUCAUUUAUAUAGCUCUUUUCUGAAUUCAAGAUAUAUGUCAAAGUCAAACACUUUUUCUUUAUCAUUCUGUUGCCUUUUUAUGAGUAAGUUCCACAAUUUUUUGUGUUGAGGUUUCUUUCUUUGACACAGUGUUCUGUUGCAUAUAUUUUUGUAUGUAUGUAAAAUUGCUACCUUAUGCCUCAUGUGGUUGCUAUUUGGAGAAUCAUAAUAAAAUUUAAAACCUCAUUUAUAUAGAAUAGUUGUGUAUUGUUUUAUUGCUAGUAAUUCAUUAUCAUUAUUCAUCAUAUUUUUGGUGGGGCAUUGAAAUCCAAAAAAAUUACAUGCAGUCAUUUUUUUAAACAUGCUGUUAAAUAUCGCAGUUGUUGCAACCAAAAAUAUAUUUGAGCAUAUAUAGUAUAUGCUACUAUAUGAUAUAUAAAACACAGGUAAAAUGUAAGUAGUGCUACUUUGAGGCUUUGGUACUUGUUUACUAAACAUCCACCUCUUGUCUAGGGUUUUUUUGAAAAAAUAAAUAAAGCCAUAAACACCAAACUAAGUAAAAUAUAUGUAAAAUUUUUAGUUGGAUCAGCUUCGAUGUUUUUUCAAUAAAUCUAAUAUGUUUGAACACACAGAUAUGUAUAAAUAAACUAGGUCUCAAGUUUUUUCCCUUCCAGUGAUUAUUGAUAUAGUGAAGAUUAUCUGAUUAAAUUUUUCAAACUGAUAAUAAUUUCUUGCGGUAUUUUUCUUCCUCCUAAAUUUUGUGAGAAUUCAGUACAGGCAAUAUUUUAAGAGGUUAUGUUUUGAAACCCCAUCAAUUUUAGAUAAAAAGUACUUAUAAUUAUCUUAUUUUAUAGUUGAAAAGUGUUUGUGUGGUUGGCUAGUUAGAUUUGUGACAUAUUUUUCUAAAACAAUCACUUAUUGAUUAAUGUAUUCGGAUGGUUAUAAAUAUAACAUCACAAUAAUUUUAACUAUAUGACAAGGAAUUAUUACAGCAACUAUUGAUAGAAAAUUCCUGCAAUAAAGUACUGAUGUGGUCAUGAGAAUAUGUUUAUAUAACAGUUUUUUAGUGUAGUAUAUAGGUUUUUCAUUUGAAAUUAUCUUUUAUUAUUGAAUAUGGAUAAAAUUUUGUAUACAUAUAGAUUUUGAAAAUAAAUCUUUACAUGGACAGAA